GCCAAGCAGCCACGGAGAAGGCCAAGAAGCCGAACAAGCGAGGAGGCAGGUCGGCGGACACGCGUCAGCACCGCGAGCUCCGAGGGACCGCCUUUAGGAAGCUCAAGGCGUGCGGCAGCAGAGCGCAGCUCACGCAGGAGGAGCGAGCAGCGGUGACGAGGCAGCUGAGAAGCGACAUCGAGAGGCUGACGACGGAGAGUCAGAACAUGAGACAGGAACUUCAGAACAGAGACGUGACGAUCGCAGAGAUGCGAGGUCAGCUUCAAGCUCAGCAACAGGCUCAGCAGCAGCGGGUAGCCCCGCGCGGCGAGAUGAUGGAUCCGAAGAUUCUUCACAAGGUGAAGCCGUUCGACGGCCACAGGGCGAGUUGGAAGACGUUCAGUUUCCAGUACAGAGCGUACCUGAUCGCCCAGGAUCGAAGGUACCGAGAUCUUCUGGAAAGGUGCGAGGACGGAGCCCAGGAGGUGGACAACGUCAACCUGGACGCGCAGGAGGAAGAGCUAAGCACGCAGUUGUACUACGGCCUGGUCCUGGCGAUGCCCGAGGACUCAGUAGGCGAGCUGAUCGUGAGGAACAGCCCAGUAGGAGAAGGAGCCGAGUGUUGGAGGAAACUUCAGAAGGAGUACAACCCGAGCGAGGCAGGAAACGUGCUGGCGAUGUGGACCAAGCUCACGGACACGAAGUUCGACGCCAAAGAAGACGUGAUGGUGAGCAUCAGCAAGCUGGACGAGGACAUGACAAGGUACCAGAAGAUGGCAGGAGAACCAGUCUCGGACCUGAUCAAGCGAGGCAUCCUUACAAAGGCGCUGAAGGAUCACGACGAGCUGCAGAAGCACGUGUUUCGGAACAGCAGUCGGCUAAGUACGUACGAGCUCCUGAGAGCCGAGGUGGUGUCGGCGUUGAUGGCAGAGCGAGCGGUUCAGGACGACCCGAUGGAGAUAGGCGCGCUGAAGGGCGGAAAGAGACCGUGGAAAGGCCGCGGCAAAGGGAAAGACGGCAAGGGCAAGGAGAGGCCACCGAAUCCCGACGCCGAGAUCGAGUGCCACUACUGUCACAAGAAGGGCCACCGCAGCGCAAACUGCCGAAAGCGGAUCGCCGACGAGAAGAAUACAUCCGAGAAGGACAAGAAGGACAAGAAGCAGCUCCGUCUCAAGAAGCGCAGCCACACGAUCGACUGGAAGUACUGCUUGCCUAGCUACCACCAAUAUGUCUGCUGCUCUUGCAAGAAGACCUUUGAAGGAUGGCGAUGGCACUUCGAUCAGUGGAAGCUGGACUAUUGUGCCGCGUGUGCCGAGUACUGCCUGGACAACUGGUUCAAGGACGAGGAAGAGCCAGACGACAACGAGAAGCAUGUCACCGUCGCUGGUCUUCGGCCCGUGGAUGAAGAUCAGAGCCCUGCAGAUGACCGAUUGCGGUUAGCCCCGCUUCGGAAUGCGAUCAUGCUCGACUCAGGUGCGCAGAUCAGUGCGAUACCGAGAUCACAGGUGACCAAGCAUAACUACACGCCGACGGACAGCAACGUUGUCGGCUUGAAGGGCAUAGGAGGCGAGGAGAUCGAGAGGUACGGCCACGUGGUCACUGGAUCAUCAACGGUACCGUCGAGCCACCUGACGGAGCUGAGUUCGUACCUCUACGGCGUCACCAAGGAACCAGCUGAUGAGAACAAGAUCCCGAAGGUCAUGUUCGACAUCUUUUACGUAGGGACGGACCAGCUGGCUGCGAAGUACAAGCUUAAAGGAGGUUACUUCAGCAUCAGGGAGAAGAUGUCGGUCACGAAGGCCGAGCUAGACCAAGCGGUCUCUGUCUUGAAUGUUAUCGACUGUAAGAUCUUGGCUCAGGCGACGUUGUACGCGAACAAGGAGACGGAUGACUACAAGGUGUCCUUCCUGCUAGGCGUGCUGGAAGCUUGGGGCCACACAACAGUCAUACUUCAGACAGACCAGGAGCCUGCCACCAUGGCUCUGGCGCAGGCAGUUCGAGAUCGCAGAUCACACUCAACCUUGGUGCGGGGAUCACCGCCCUUUUCCAAGCAAAGUGCAGGCUACGCUGAAGGAGCUAACAAGCUAGCAGCUGGUCUACUUCGAGCCUACAAGCUGAAGCUGGAGCACAAGCUGGGCUGUGAGAUCAAGAUGACGGAUCCGAUCGUGCCAUGGCUUGUGAACUCAGUGGGGUGGAUGAUUACCAGAUUCCAGCCUCGCAGUCACGGAGGUUCCUCCUACAAGAUGCUCUACGGCAAAGAGUACAACGGCGAGAUUGCGGAGAUGGGUGAGCAGGUCUGGUAUCGGAUCUCAGCCAGAGUUGCCGCGGGACGUGGCAAAUGGGAAGCCCGCUUCGCAAAAGGAAUCUGGGUUGGUAAGAGUGAGCUGGACGAUACACAUCUCGUGAUCGAUCCUGAACGUGGAGUGCAGAAGGUCAGAACGGUGCGAAGGAUGCCUGAGGAGUUCAGAUGGCAGCCCGAGCUCAUCCAGCACAUCAGGGUGACGCCCUGGAAGCAGACGCCCGACAAGAGUUCAGGAACGAUCGGACGCAGCAUGUACAUCACGGAGCGCAUGAUCGAUGCUCAUGGUCCUACUGACGAGUGCAGGAAGUGCAGUACAGGAUACGGUUCGCAUUCGGCAGCCUGCCGACAGCGUUUCGAGACCAUUCAGGCCGACUUGCUGCGCGAGAAGUUGGCAAAGGACCCUGUGGCCCCUGAGGUGCAGACAGCCAUGGACACGGAGAGUGGCGAGCUCAGGAGCCACUUCGGAGAUCCUGAGGAUCAGCAGGUGGAGCAGAUGGUUGAGGUGAGCGCCGAGCUGCAUGAGAAAGACCAGUGGAGCCCAAAGACGAUACACUACGAUUACUAUACUGGAGAGCCUCUGGAUGAGGACCUGUAUCAGAAGGGUCGCGACGACGAGCUGCAGGCCAUGAAAGACUACGGGGUCUACGUGGAAGUGGCGACAUCGACGGCGACUGACGGCAAGCACAUUGGAGGUUUCCCGAUAGCCCACAUGAAAGAAGGAAAGGUCAGGUGGAGGUUCGUAGCAACCGAGGUGAACAAGUACGAGGUCAGGGAGGACAACCACCAAGGCACGCCCCCGCUCAUGAUUGUCAGAGCGACGCUGAGCCGUGCCGCUUCAAGUCCAACUUCCAGCGGGCAGCACCUGCGGAAGAUACAAGUCUGGGACGUCAGGAAGGCUUUCUUCAACGCUGACUUAGACGAGACGAUCUACGUGCAUCCUGGGAGAGAGCUGUGUCCGCCUGGAAGGUGCUGGUGGUUACGCAAGGCCAUGAACGGUACCAGGAAGGCGUCGCAGAUGUGGGGUGAGCUUGUGAGAACUACUAUGGACGACGGCCAUUGGGAAUGCUUGGUUGGAACUCCUAACGUGUUCUACUUACCUGCUAGCCCCAACACAGCCCCCUUCGACGAGGAUAGCACAGCGAUCUGCCAUGGCGAUGACUUUCUUGCUGAAGGCUACGACGAGCAGCUGGACGAGCUGGACGAGUUGUUGAAGCAGCAGUUUGAGGUCACGGCCAGCGCCAGACUUGGACCAGGAGCGGUGGGGCAGACUACAUACCUCAAGAGGACGAUCGGCUACACCGACAAGUUGCCAGGUUGCGAGGAGCCAGGUUUCUUCUGGACUGCCGAUCCCAAGCAUGUGGACUUCAUGAUCAAGUGGACGCAGAAGCGAGGACUUCAGUGUAAGACUUACCUGAUCGAGACCCAGAGGCCCUGCAACCUGAAGAUCUAUAGUGACAGCACAGCUGGACGUGGCAUGUGCAGCCGAGUUGGGGUGGGCAAGGUCAGGCAUCUGGAGCUGAGGUACUUGUGGAUUCAGGAGCGGUUGCGUCUCAAGGCGUUCGAGCUUCACAAGGAGGACACCAGCAAGAUGACAGCCGACAUGCUCACGAAGUACAGCGAGUGGCCGACAAUCGAGAAGCAUUGCACCACUCUCAACCUCAGGUUCGGAAAGCAGAUGACGGGCUUGAGCGCAAUGGCAGUUUUCACGGAGGUCGUGACGAAGGCGUCAGGCGAGAAGGUGACAGUGUACGGAGGAUCUGACGAGGUUGCGGUUUGCCCCGCGCCUGUCAGCCACUAUGUGGAGAGCGAGGAGUUCAGGUUCUACUUGAUGUUGGGACUUGUUAUGGUGACUGCAGCGAGUACUUUCUUAUUGGGGUGCUGGUGUGGUUGCUACUUCAAGAACUUCUACGACAAGUUCUUCCUCCAGGGUGCGGUUAGCCCCGCCUCUGGAAGCACUUGCCCACCAUCUGCGCGGGCUGACGUCGAGUUCAAGACCGUGUGUGCACAGCAGGACAAAGGUGCAAGGCACAAGCUCUUAAACACGUUUCUUGUGGCUGAGCUGCGAGCUGUCUUGAAGGCCAAGAGCCUGGCCGUGUCAGGGAUCAAAGAAGACCUGGUCACGAGGAUGAUCAAGCACGGAGGUGUUCUGUCGGAUCGCCAGGCCAAGGAGAUCGAGCAGCUGCGGGUGAUGGCUACAGCGCAUGGACCUCUUGCCAAGCUUAGCUUGCAGGACAUCAGCAGUCCAGAGGCUGCGCAGAAGUGGAUCGAGACGUUCAAGGGCGAGUGCCGAGACCGUUCCAGAGGCUCUCAGGUGAUCCACGGAGAGG